CCUCUCAUCUCCUCUCCUCUCCUCCAGCGGUGGCUGGCUGUUCAAAACUGUGAGGUCGUGUCCCUGAGCAGCUCCCGCGUCGCCUGGGACAAGGGGGCCGCGCGGUUUGACCGCCCGCUGCAGCCCAGCGUCGCGACGCUCUCCACACAGGCACCUCCAGCUUGCCACUCCGCCCGCUUUGCAAAGUUGGGCAGCUCCAGGAGCAAGCUUUGCCUCUGGGCUUCUCCCUCCUGGGCCCCAGUGCCCCCGCCUCCCCGCUCCCUUUCACCACCAGCAGCCGGUCCCGGAGUUGGCAGCCUGCAUCCUUUGCCCAGCCCUGCUCCCUGAAGCACGACCAUGCUGCUAAGGGGCGUCCUCCUGGUGGUGCAAGCCCUGCAGUUUGCUGGUGCCUUGGACCUGCCCGCUGGGUCCUGUGCCUUUGAAGAGGGCACUUGUGCCUUUGACUCGGUGUUUGCAUUUCUGCCAUGGAUUUUAAAUGAGGAAGGCCAUUAUGUUUAUGUGGAUGCCUCCUUUGCCAGGCAGGGAGAGAAAGCUGUGCUGCUCAGCUCUGACUUACAGGCAGAGGAGUGGAGCUGUCUCCGCUUGGUCUACCAGAUAACCGCAGCUCCAGGGCCUCCAUCACAUCCCAGCCAGCUGAACCUCUAUGUGAGAUUCGAGGAUGAAAGCUUUGACCGCUUGCUUUGGUCAGCUAAGAAACCUUCAGACAGCUGGCUCAUAGCCAGCCUGGAUUUGCCAAACAGUUCCAAGAAAUUCAAGAUUUUAAUAGAAGGCAUCCUAGGACAGGGAAACACAACCAGCAUUGCACUCUUUGAAAUCAAGAUGACAACUGGCUACUGUAUUGAGUGUGACUUUGAAGAAAAUCAUCUCUGUGGCUUUGUGAACCGCUGGAAUCCCAAUGUGAACUGGUUUGUUGGAGGAGGAACUAUUCGGAACUCCCACUCCAUUCUCCCACAGGAUCACACCUUCAAGAAUGAACUGGGCCACUACAUGUACGUGGACUCAGUUUACGUCAAGCACUUCCAAGAGGUGGCUCAGCUCAUCUCCCCCAUGACCACGGCCCCCAUGUCUGGCUGCCUGUCCUUCUAUUACCAGCUCCAGCAGGGGAAUGACAACGUCUUUUCCCUUUACACUCGGGAUGUGGCCGGCCUGUAUGAGGAGAUCUGGAAAGUGGACAAUCCAGGGAAUGCAGACUGGAACCUUGCAGAGGUCGAGUUCAGCACUCCUUACCCCAUGGAGGUUAUCUUUGAGGUUGCUUUCAAUGGUCCCAAAGGAGGAUAUGUUGCCCUGGAUGAUAUUUCUUUCUCUCCUGUGCGCUGCCAAAAUCAGACAGAGCUUCCUUUCAGUGCUGUGGAAGCAAGCUGCAAUUUUGAGGAAGAUCUCUGCAACUUUUACCAAGAUAAAGAAGGUCCAGGUUGGACCCGAGUGAAAGUAAAGCCAAACGUGUAUCGGGCUGGAGACCACACUACAGGCUUUGGAUAUUACUUGCUGGCCAACACAAAGUUUACUUCUCAGCCUGGCUACAUUGGAAGGCUUUAUGGUCCCUCCUUACCUGGAAACUUACAGUAUUGCCUACGUUUUUAUUAUGCCAUCUAUGGGUUUUUGAAAAUGAGUGACACCUUAGCAGUUUAUAUCUUUGAAGAAAAUCACGUAGUUCAAGAGAAGAUUUGGUCCCUGCUUGAGUCCCCAAGGGGUGUUUGGAUGCAAGCUGAAAUCACCUUUAAGAAGCCCAUGCCUACCAAGGUAGUUUUUAUGAGCCUAUGCAAAAGUUUUUGGGACUGUGGUCUUGUGGCCCUGGAUGAUAUUACAAUACAACUGGGAAGCUGCUGGUCUCCAGAGAGACUUCCACCUCCACCUGGAGAGUGUACAUUUGAUCAAGAUGAAUGUGCAUUUACGCAGGAGAAAAGAAACUGGAGCAGCUGGCACAGGAGGAGGGGAGAAACUCCUACUUCCUACACAGGACCUAAGGGAGAUCACACUACUGGGGUAGGCUACUACAUGUACAUCGAGGCCUCCCAUAUGGUGUAUGGACAAAAAGCACAUCUCCAGUCCAAGCCUCUGCGAGGCAUCCCUGGAAAACACUGCUUGACCUUCUUCUACCACAUGUAUGGAGCAGGGACUGGCCUGCUGAGUGUUUACUUGAAGAAAGAAGAAGACAGUGAAGAGUCGCUUUUAUGGAGAAGAAGAGGUGAACAGAGCAUUUCCUGGCUCCGAGCACUGAUUGAGUACAGCUGUAUGCAGCAACACCAGAUAAUUUUUGAAGCCAUUCGGGGAACAUCAAUAAGAAGUGAUAUUGCUAUUGAUGAUGUUAAAUUUCAGGCAGGACCCUGUACAGAAGUGGAAGAUACAACUCAACAAUCAUCAGGAUAUUCUGAGGAUUUAAAUGCAAUUGAGUAUUAAAAUGUGAUCUGAUUUGGAUUAAUUAGACAAAAGUUGUACCUCUCUUCAAUCAAAAUGAAUAUGAAACAAAUGAAUACUGGACGGUCUUAAUCAUUUUAUAAGUUAUAAGAUGACUUCAGAGCAAUCCUUUUCAUUACUUUUGCAAAAAAAUACUGACUCAGGGCUUUUUAUUUUUUUCCUUGCAUUUGACAACUGUUACUAGGAGUACAGGCUAUUGGUUUUGAAUAGAUCAUUCAUCUUAAUUUUGGUACCAGUUAAAAAUACAAAUGUGCUUAUAGUCAUUUUAAAGUAUUCAAAUAAAGGGCACAAUCAAAAUGAGUGUGCUCACUUAAAUCUGCAUUCAGUGAAUGUAUUGAGAGAAUAGGUUUUGUGGGGUUUUAUUUGAAUUUCAAGUAGAUCAUCAACAUUUUUAAAGUAAAUAAUGUGUGGUAUCAGUAAUAUCUGCAGAAUGAAUGCAGUUUUCCAUGGAAACAAGUUAGACAGGAAAAAUGAAGUCUUAUUUUCUAUGUUUUAUUCAUAGAAAUGGAGCAUUAAUUUUUAAUAUUUUUCACCAUAUGUGAUAACAAAGGAUCUUUCUUGAAAUCCCAGGGUAAGUCAGUAUUAAUUAAUGCUGUAUAAGUUGCUACCUUCUUUUUUCUCCCUUUAAACUACCUUUGAAAGUCACUAUGAGCACAUGGAUAGAAAUUGCACUCUUUUUUUUUUUAAUAAAGCAAGCCUGAAAUUUUUUAUGUACACACAUCCAAUAAUUUUUAUAAAUUUGUUCAACAAUUUGACUGAUUUUUGUAACAAACGUUUUGGUAAGAUUUUGAGUAAUAUGAAUUCAAUCAGAUAUACUAAACUACUGCUUUUGAUUUACCUGAUUGGAAAAUUGUAUAUAUAUAUAUAUAUAUAUAUAUAUAUAUAUAUAUAUAUGUUUGUGUAUUGAUACAGCUGUUGUGAAAUUAUAAAUUACCUAAUAAAAGAUCAUUUGAAAAAUC